CCCACACUGAAUGGGACCUCUCUCUGUCUCGGUCUCUGUCUCACACAGCUUCUACACACUUAUAUCAAUCUCAAUUCAGAGUUUCAGACCAAAACCCAUUUCACUACUCUCUCUCUCUCUCUUUCUCUUCCUCGAUCUCCAACUGAAAAAUGGGGAAUACCACAUCUUGUGCUCCAACUAUUAUCUCAGGUGGAACAGUAAAGGUUUUGUUAAGUGAUGGAAGACUAGAGGUGUACACAAGACCAAUUAAAGCAGCUGAGCUGAUGCUAGAAAACCCAAGGCAAUUUGUAUGUAACUCUAGUGAUCUCAAGGUGGGUCACCGGAUUCUAGGCCUCGGAGCAGACGAAGAACUCGAACGGCGCCGGCUAUACUUCAUUCUACCAAUGGAUUUACUCUACUCAGUGCUAACUAAUGAAGAGAUGUUAUCUCUCUCAUACAAGGCAUCAAGAGCAAUGAAGCAUGGAAACUCCAACAACAUUGUAAGAAUAUUUCCUGUGUUAGGUGAUUUUUGUAUUUUCCCUUCAGAAGUGAAGACAUUAGAAGAAGAGUCACCAGAGAGAAAGCCACAACCCACAGAAAGAUUCUCUAGACAGAGAUCAUGGAAACCUGCUUUGGAUACUAUACUUGAAACCCCAUCUUGGGUUUGACUAACCAUGAAGGUUAAGGUAAUGUACUAAGCUUAAUUAGCUCUUUAGAGAGAGAGAGCUAAUGAUGUCUUAAUUAAUUACUUCUUCCCUCUCUGUGUAAUUUUUUUGAGAAUUUCGGUGUAGUUUUGUGACUACCCAGAUUCAGGUUGACCCCCUUGCCCCUUGCCCUCGGUUGUCUAAUAAUGAAUUCUUCUUCUUCCCUACGUUAGGGUCUCUUUUGUCUUUUCCACUCUUAAUGUCGCCACGUAGCUAUUAGCAUUUACAAACAGUUUUGACUUUU